ACCGCCGUUAGACGCCGGCAAGGUGCACGCGCAGCACACCGGAAGUGAGGAGCAGAGGCGCCAAAGUUUGGGGCUGAGCUGCCUUUUUUAUUUGUGCUGAUGACGAGGAGGACCCACUGCUAGUAGGUAGAACUUGUCAGGAGGACCCACUGCUAGUAGGUAGAAGUUGUCAGGAGGACCCACUGCUAGUAGGUAGAAGUUGUCAGGAGGACCCACUGCUAGUAGGUAGAAGUUAAAUGAUAAAUAAAGUUGUCAGGAGGAACACCAUGGGACUUCCCACGCUGGAGUUCAGCGACGCUUUCUUGGACGGCCCGCACUUCCGGGAGAGACUCGAGUGUCACGAAGUAGAACUGAAGACAACCAACAAGUUCAUCAAGGAGCUGAUUAAAGAUGGAAGUAUCCUCAUUAACCUGCUGGGGAGUCUUUCUGCUGCCAUCCAGAAGUUCUCCCAGUCCCUGCAGGAGUUCCAGUUUGAGUGCCUGGGUGACGCAGAGACGGAUGACGAGGUGAAAAUUGCUCAGUCCUUCAAAGAGUUCUCCAAGCUGCUCAACACGCUGGAAGAGGAGCGACAACGCCUGAUCCAGAAUGCAGGUGAGGUCUUGAUCACGCCCCUGGAGAGAUUCCGCAAGGAGCAGAUCGGCGCCGCCAAGGAAGUCAAGAAGAAGUUUAAGAAGGAGAGUGAGAAAUAUUAUUCUUCACUUGAGAGACACCUCAGCCUGUCUUGUAAGAAGAAGGAAGCUUAUCUGCAGGAGGCUGACAUGCAGAUGAAGAAGGAGAGACAAGUCUUUUACGACGCCUCGCUGGAAUAUGUCUUCAAAAUACAGGAAGUGCAAGAAAAGAAGAAGUUUGAGUUUGUGGAGCCGCUGCUGGCUUUCCUGCAGGGCCUGUUCACCUUCUACCAUGAAGGAUAUGAGCUGGCCCAUGAACUGGAGCCCUACAAGCAGCAGCUGCAGCUCAACCUGCAGAACACACGCAACAACUUUGUGAGCACCAAGCAGGAGGUGGAGAAGCUGAUGAGGAGGAUCAGGUGUGCAGACCAGGACUACAGAGCUCCAGGCCAGUGGACCAUGGAGGGCUUCUUGUACGUGCAGGAGAAACGUCCACUAGGAAGCACGUGGAGCAGACACUACUGCAUGUACGAGAAGAUCAGCAACACUCUCACCAUGAUCAACACUGACAACAAACAGAACAGUCUGCUGGUGAACAAGGCUGAGAUGUUCAAGCUCAAGUCCUGCAUCCGAAGGAAGACGGACUCCAUUGACAAACGUUUCUGCUUCGACAUCGAGGUGGUGGAGAGAAACAUCCGUGGAGGAAGUCUCUUCAGACCGUUCCACAAAGUCCGGCACGGUGUCAUCACGCUGCAGGCACUGUCCCAGUCCAACCGCAGGCUCUGGCUGGAGGCCAUGGACGGCAAGGAGCCGAUCUACACCCUGCCUGCAGUCCUCAGCAAGAAGGACCAGACGUUCCUGAACGAUGCAGGCUUCAACUUCGUGAGGAAGUGCAUACACCUGGUGGAGACCACAGGUAUAAACAACACAGGUGUGUACAGGGUGGGAGGAGUCAACUCCAAAGUGCAGAAGAUGAUGUCAACUUUCUUUUCGUCUAAGGCUCCUAUGGACAUGGAGGUGGAUGCUGAGACGUGGGACAACCAGACCAUCACCAGUGGACUGAAGAACUAUCUCAGGUCAGUGUUCCCUGGUCAGACCACCCUGCUGUGGCCAUCAAGUCCUGGUCUUGUCCUGGUCUUCAGGUGUCUCUCUGAGCCGCUCAUGACCUUCAAGCUGCACAAAGACUUCAUCAUGGCUGUCAAGUCCGAGGACCAGAACUACCGAGUGUGUGCCGUCCAUGCUUUGGUCCACCAGCUGCCCCAGAGGAACCAGGAGAUGCUAGAGCUGCUCAUCAAACAUCUGCUGGUAGUCUCCUCACACCAGGACUCCAACAUGAUGACCGUGGCCAACCUGGCCGUGGUCUUCGGACCCACCCUCAUGCGCUCCCAGGAGGAGACCGUGGCCGCCAUGAUCAACAUCAAGUUCCAGAACAUUGUGCUGGAAAUCAUGAUUGACAACUUCAACAAAAUCUUCCAUCAACCUCCGGACCCCAACGUUCCUCUGUCACAACCUCACAGGUGUCGUAGAAGCAGAGCCACUUGUGUGACCAGUGGCCCCCGGAUGGCCCCCGACAUGUACACACCCACACUGGGUCUGGUCCACUCAGAGGGUGAUAACUGCAUCACCCCACUAGUCACCAUGGAGUCGUGGUCCUCACACUCCUCAGAACAUGGCUUCUCCUCCAAGAUGGACACUGAGUCCUGCACUCAGGUAAAGAACUUGCUGCCGUCACGCUCCGAAUCCAGCGCCAUGGAGGCGGGGCCAAUAGACACAGGGUCAGAGGUCACCGUUGGCGUGUCUUGUGUCGGUGCUAAGCCCCCAAAGGCCACGUACCACCAUGCUGAUGGACCACCUGACCUCCUCACAUCUCUGCAGGGGUCUGAAGGCCACGGGAGCUGCUCAGGGUCUUUCAAACAUCUCUCACUCGUCCACACCAUCAAACCCACUGAGCACCCGCCCAAGAUGGAGGUUCCACAAAGAGGCGGAGCUUCGGCCAGCAACGCAUACCAUAGACCAGGCUCAAUGGUUGCUGCCAGAACUCUGCUUUUUGACAACACCUCAGCCCAGCAGCCUGCUCCAACAGGAAGAGACGCCAAGGCGGUGUACGCGUGUGAGGCAGAUCACGACCAUGAGCUGAGUUUCCCCCAGGGGGCGCACUUGAGUAACGUUUAUGCGUCGGUGGAGCCAGGCUGGCUGCUAGCAACAUACGACGGCAGAAAAGGUUUAAUCCCCGAGAAUUAUGUUGUCUUCUUUUAACAGCUCCUCCACGGUCGUCAUGGAAACGCUGGUGGCGACAUGCGACGCUUUUUUAGCAAACAACAAACGUACCUCCUCCUCUCUCACCAUUUGUUUGUUUGCUUCCCCCUCGACUGCACUCGUCUUGUUACUAGCUUUUAUUCACCUGGAAAAUAAUCUACUAGCUUUUAUUAAUGUAUAAAAAUCAUCUACAAACUUUUAUUCACAUAUAAAAGUCAUCUACAAACUUUUAUUCACGUAUAAAAAUAAUCUACAAACUUUUAUUCACGUAUAAAAGUCAUCUACAAACUUUUAUUCAUGUAUAAAAGUCAUCUACAAACUUUUAUUCACGUAUAAAAAUAAUCUACAAACUUUUAUUCACGUAUAAAAGUCAUCUACAAACUUUUAUUCACGUAUAAAAGUUAUCUACAAACUUUUAUUCACAUAUAAAAAUGAUCUACAAACUUUUAUUCACGUAUAAAAAAUAAUCUACAAACUUUUAUUCACGUAUAAAAGUCAUUGACAAACUUUUAUUCACGUAUAAAAAUCAUCUACAAACUUUUAUUCACGUAUAAAAAAUAAUCUACAAACUUUUAUUCACGUAUAAAAAUCAUCUACAAACUUUUAUUCACAUAUAAAAAAUAAUCUACAAACUUUUAUUCACUUAUAAAAUCAUCUACAAACGUUUAUUCACGUACAAAAAUCAUCUACAAACUUUUAUUCACGUAUAAAAAAUAAUCUACAAACUUAUUCACGUAUAAAAUCAUCUACAAACGUUUAUUCACGUAUAAAAAAUCAUCUACAAACUUUUAUUCACGUAUAAAAUCAUCUACAAACUUUUAUUCACGUAUAAAAUAAUCUACAAACGUUUAUUCACGUACAAAAAUCAUCUACAAACUUUUAUUCACCUAAAAAAUCAUCUACAAACUUUUAUUCACGUACAAAAAUCAUCUACAAACUUUUAUUCACGUAUAAAAUCAUCUACGAACGUUUAUUCACGUACAAAAAUCAUCUACAAACUUUUAUUCACGUAUAAAAGUCAUCCACAAACUUUUGAUGUAUAAAAAUCAUCUCCAAACUUAUAUUGACUAAUAAAAAUCAUCUACAAACUUUUAUUCACAUAUACAAAAUAACUUUUAUUGGCGUAUAAAAGUCAUCUCAAAAAUGUUAUUCACAUAUAAAAAUUAUCUACAAACUUCUUUUGACGUAUAAAAAAUAAUUUACAAACUUUUAUUGACGUAUGAAAAUCAUCUCCAAACUUUUAUUCACAUAUAAGUCAUCUACAAACUUUUAUUCACGUAUAAGUCAUCUACAAACUUUUAUUCACGUAUAAAAAUAAUAUACAAACUUUUGACGUAUAAAAAUCAUCUACAAACUUUUAUUCACGUAUAAAAAUAUAAUCCACAAACUGUUAUUGACAUAUAAAAAAAUUAUCUCCAAACUUUUAUUGACAAUAAAAAUCAUCUUCAAAGUUUUAUUCACGUAUAGAAAAUAAUCUCCAAACUUUUAUUGACCUAUAAAAAAAUCAACUACAAACUUUUAUUCACGUAUAAAAAUCAUCUACAAACUUUUAUUCACCUAAAAAAAUCAUCUACAAACUUUUAUUCAUGUAUUAAAAUAAUUUACAAACUUUUAUUCACGUAUAAAAUCAUUUACAAACUUUUAUUCACGUAUACAAAUCUACAAAUUUUUGUUUAUGUAAAAGAAUAAUCUCCAAACUUUUAUUCAUGUAUAAAAAUAUAACCCACAAACUCUUGAUGUACAAAAAAACAUCUACAAACUUCUACUCACGUACAUACAAAUCAUCUACAAACUUUUAUUGACAUAUAAAAAAAAUAAUUUACAAACUUUUAUUGAUUUAUUAAAAAAAAAUCUAUAAAUUUGUAUUCACGUACCAAAAAUCAUCCACAAACUUUUGAUAUAUAAAAAUCUUCUCCAAACUUUUAUUGAUGUAUAAAAAUCAUCUAAAAACUUUUAUUCACGUACAAAAAAUCAUUUUCAAACUUUUAUUGACGUAAAAAAAACAUCUCCAAACUUUUAUUGAUGUAUAAAAAUCAUGUCGACUUUUAGUGACGUAUUAAAAAAACAUGUCCAAACUUUUAUUGACAUAUAAAAAAUAAUUUACAAACUUUUAUUGACGUAAAAAAUCAUCUCCAAACUUUUGACGUAUAAAAAAUCAUCUCCAAACUUUUAUUUGACGUAAAAAAAAAAAAUCUCCAAACUUUUAUUGACGUAUAAAAAUCAUCUACAAACUUCUAUUGACGUAUAAGAAUCAUCUAAAAACUUCUAUUGACGUAUAAGAAUCAUUUACAAACUUUUGACGUAUAAAAAUCAUCUCCAAACUUUUGACGUAUAAAUAAUCAUCUCCAAACUUUUAUUAACGUACAAAAAAUAAUCUCCAAACUUUUAUUGACAUAAAAAAUCAACUACAAACUUUUAUUCACAUACAUAAAAUCAUCUCCAAAGUUUUAUUGACAUAUAAAAAAUUAUCUACAAAUUUUAUUCACGUAUAAAAAUCAUAGAUGUAUAAAAAUAAUUUACAAACUUUUAUUCACGUAUAAAAAUCAUCUACAAACUUUUAUUUACGUAUAACAAUCAACUACAAACUUUUAUUCACGUAUUAAAAAACUUAGACAAACUUUUAUUGACGUAUAAUUUCCAAACUUUUGUUGUCACAUAAAAAUCACCUCCAAACUUUUAUUGACAUAUAACAAUCAACUACAAACUUUUAUUCACGUAUUAAAAAACUUAGACAAACUUUUAUUGACGUAUAAAAAUCAUCUACAAACUUUUAUUCACAGAUAAAAAUCAUCUACAAACUUUUAUUUACGUAUAAAAAAUAAUUUCCAAACUUUUGUUGUCACAUAAAAAUCACCUCCAAACUUUUAUUGACAUAACAAUCACCUCCAAACUUUUAUUGACGUAUAAAAAUCAUCUACAAACUUUUAUUGACGUAUAAAAAUCAUCUACAAUCUUUUAUUCACGUACAAAAGAUAAUCUCCAAACUUUUAUUGACAUAAAAUAUGAUCCACAAACUUUUAUUGACAUACAAAAAUAAUUUCCAAACUUUUAUUGACAUACAAAAAUAAUUUCCAAACUUUUAUUGAUGUAUAAAAAAUCAACUACAAAUGUUUAUUGACGUAUAAAAAUCAACUACAAACUUUUAUUUACGAAUAAAAAAUGUACUUCAAACAUUUAUUCAUGUACAAAAAGUAAUCUCCAAACGUUUAUUGACCUAUUAAAAUAAUCUACAAACUUUUGACGUAUAAAAAAUUAACUACAAACUUUUAUUCACGUACAAAAAAAUCUUCUCCAAACUUUCACUGACCUUUAAAAAUCAUCUCUAAACUUUUAUUGACGUAUAAAAAUCAACUACAAACUUUUAUUCACAUAUAAAAAAAUAAUCUCCAAACUUUUAUUGACGUAUAAAAAUAAUCUCAGACUUUUUUUGACAUACAAAAAUAAUCUCCAAACUUUUAUUGAUGUAUAAAAAUAAUCUCAGACUUUUUUUGACAUACAAAAAUCAUCUCCAAACUUUUAUUGACAUAUAAAAAUAAUCUCCAAACUUGUAUUAACAUAUAAAAAUCAUAUCCACACUUUUAUUGACGUAUAAAAAUCAACUACAAACUUUUAUUCACAUAUAAAAAAAUAAUCUACAAACUUUUAUUCACGUAUAAAAUCAUCUACAAACGUUUAUUCACGUACAAAAAUCAUCUACAAACUUUUAUUCACCUAAAAAAUCAUCUACAAACUUUUAUUCACGUACAAAAAUCAUCUACAAACUUUUAUUGACGUAUAAAAUCAUCUACAAACUUUUAUUCACGUAUAAAAAUCAUCUACAAACUUUUAUUCACGUAUAAAAUCAUCUACAAACUUUUAUUCACGUAUAAAAAUCAUCUACAAGCUUUUAUUCACGUAUAAAAGUCAUCCACAAACUU